AUGUCAGAUUCUAGUGAAGAAAUUAUUACAACAUCAACUGAAUCAUCAUUAUCUUUAGAUCGUAGUGAUCAAAAAGAAUCUCUAUCGUCUCCCAAUAAACAUAACCUUUUCAACGUAGACAAUGACCAUAUAAAUGUACUAAAAAAUUUACAAAUAUCUUAUAAUCAAUUAGAAAGUCGUUAUUUAAAAUCUCUUAAUGAACUCGAAUAUAAAUUUCAUCAACAAUGUUCAUAUUUAUUUGAAAAACGUUCAAAUAUAAUCAAUGGUAAAUAUGAACCAACUGGUGAUGAAUGUCAAUUAAAAACUGAUUCUAUUGAAAUUAUCGAAAGACAAUCAUUUUCUGACGACACAUUAGGUAUCCCAUCAUUUUGGUUACAUACACUUAAACAAGUUCCUAUGAUUGCUGAUAUGAUUGAAGAUUGGGAUGAACCAAUACUUAAAUGUCUUUCAGAUAUUAAACUUCAAUUACAUAUGCAACCUACCACUGGUUUUACACUUGAAUUUCAUUUUAAUGAAGAAUCAAAACAAUUUUUUCAUAAUAAAAUUUUAACAAAAUUCUAUGAAUUACAGAUAGACCCUGACGAUGAUUUACUUUUCUACGAAGGUGCAGCUAUCAUACGUUCGAUAGGAUGUCAAAUCGAUUGGAUCGAUACAUUAAUAAAUGUAACAAAAAGUAGUCAAACGGGUGAAUCCCAAUCGUCGUUUUUUGAUUUUUUUACAACACCAACAAAUACAGAUGAUUGGAAAUUGGCUGCUGAUUUUCAAAUAGGUCAUUAUAUACGUGAAAAUAUUAUACCAAAAGCAAUACUCUAUAAUACAGGUGAUAUAUUCAACGAUGAAUAUGAAUUGAGUGAUAAUGAUUAUGAUUAUGAUGAUAGUGAUGAACAAGAAUAUUCAUUUAAAGAAGAAACUGGAGACGGAGAACAUUUGUAA